GUUUGGUUUGAUCGAUGCGGUUGUGAGUGAAGCUUUGGAUAAAUUCCAAAUUCAUCUCAUUUGAUGCUCGAAAGUUGUCUCUUUGUACCCAAUGAUGGCAUCCCAAGAUGUGAAUGGUGAUGUUAAUAGUCCACUGCUGCCUGCUCUUCUGUGUGGGGGCCAGGUUCUGGCUCCAGUCUCCAGUAGGCUAAGCAGGACUCUUGUGACUGAUGUAAUCCAGUAUUGGUGGAGCCAUAUCAGCAAGAUAUCAUCUGGGAGCAUUUGAAAGUCUUAUAUGGACCUGGGGAUGCUCUGGUACGGAGUGACAGGAGUAUCUUUCAACCCAGCUGAUCCAGCCGAGGUGAUGCUGAAUACUGGCACAGCAGCUCCACUGCUCUCAGAUCACCCAAGACCGCUCGUUCCUACGCCAGUCUCUUUUAGUGAGCCAGCUCCUACCCAACACACACAAAUGCUUUAUGACCCCAACACUGGAGAUUACAUCACUCAACCAGAGUAUAUGUAUGAAUCCUAUGAUGGGUAUGACGAAGACUCUUCGGGCAGCCAUGUCAUGCAGCAACAGGGAACGCCCCCAAUCACAGAGCCUGGAAUGGUGGGACAAGCUGACGAAUCUCCACCGCCUAUACCUAAAUCUAAGAAGCCUAAGGUUCACCACCAUCCUGCAUUAAAACUCAAGACUCCAAUUGCAUACCAAAAGGACACAGAUCUCAGUGCAAUUCCCAUCAUGCGAGAAGGAAUGGCUGUUUGUGAAAAAUGUGGUGCCAUUGGGGUCAAACAUGCUUUUUAUGGAAAAGAACGAAAAUUUUGUAGUUUAGCGUGUGCCCGAGGUCCCCUUCCACCUUCCAUUCACAUGUUAGAAAAUCAUGCUGCAGAGAAGGAGCCAGUCGAAGACCCAGAGAAAAAGUCCAUUCCUGUGCAAAAGGUUAUUGGUCAACCAGCAAGUGUACCUUGUGGAGAAUCCCCACCGUCUCCCACAGCAGCAACCCCAUCUAAGCCCAGCCAAGUGGUACAACCUCAGCCAUCUCUCAUGCCUUCAGAGCCACUUGUCUCACCCACCUAUCUUCCCCCACCUGAGUCCACAAUUGAUCUGGACGGAACAUUUUCUUGGUCUGUUUCAUACCUUGAUGACUCCAAUUUUAAAGCAGUGCCUGUAAGCUGUUUCAGACAUGCACCCAUGUCUGAGUGCUGGGAGCAAAUGAGUGCUGGAAUGAAAGUGGAGGUGGCGUGUGGAGAAGAGGGUGUUACAAAAGAUGCAUUUUGGGUUGCUACCGUGGUCGCUAUUUCUGGAUACAAAGCUAAACUACGGUUUGAAGGAUUCGUGGAGGACAGUUCUAAAGAUAUUUGGGUUGAUCUUUGUUCUGAAGAAGUCCAUCCUGUUGGCUGGUGUGCAACACAGGGUCGCCCUCUGAUACCACCACGCACCAUCCAGCAUAAAUAUCGAGACUGGAAAGAAUUCCUCAUGCGACGAUUGACUGGUGCCCGUACCCUGCCAACAAAUUUCAUGUCUCGUGUAGUUGAAAGUCAAAAGUCACGGUUUCGACCUGGUUUAAAUGUUGAAGUUGUGGACAAGAACAGAAUUGCACAAAUGAGAGUAGCUACUGUGACAGAGGUAGUGGGCAAGAGAUUACAUCUCCGAUAUCAUGGAGCGCCUCCGGAUGAUAAUGGAUUUUGGUGCCAUGAAGAUGCUCCUAUAAUUCAUCCGGUGGGAUGGUCUCGAGAGGUGGGUCACGAGAUUGUUGCAAGCCAGUCCUACCACGAGAAGUGCAUUAGUGGCACCUAUGAUCCAAAUGAUGCACCUCCUGAACUGUUUGCCAUUACCCCUAUUCCUGUAUAUUUUCGCAACUCCAAGUUAACCUUUCGUGAAGGAAUGAAACUGGAAGCUAUAGAUCCUCUCAACUUGUCAGCUAUUUGUGUAGCUACAGUCAUGAAGGUCCUCCACAACAACUACCUCAUGAUAAGAAUAGAUAGUUAUGAAUCGGAUAACACGUGUUCAGACUGGUUUUGCUACCAUGCUACAUCCCCAUGCGUCUUUCCUGCUGGAUACUGUGAGAUGAACAACAUUAUCCUAACUCCCCCGAGAGGCUAUGAGGGACAGUUCUCGUGGUUUACUUACCUCAAAAAGACUCAGGCCACGGCAGCACCACCAGCACUCUUCAACAGAGAAGUACCAAGUCACGGCUUUGAAGAAGGUAUGGCCCUAGAAUCAGCAGACUUAAUGGACCCUCGAUUGGUAUGUGUAGCAACAGUGAAGCAAGUGAAAGGAAGGUUACUAAAAGUGCAUUUUGAUGGAUGGGAAAGUGAUUUUGACCAAUGGAUAGACUAUCAGUCGCCUGAUAUAUAUCCUGUCGGAUGGUGUGACAUGUCCGGCUAUAGACUAGAGGGACCAAAGUCUCAAGUUCUUGCAUCUUUAGCACCAAAGAGGAAGGUUAAAGGAGGAGCCAAAUUUGGGAAAGCUGGAAGAAGGGGCAGACCUUUGGGCAGCAAGAAAAUGGUAAAAGUUAGUGGAAAUCUGGCUUGUAAUCCAGCUUCAACGACAGCUGGUUCUCAAAAACGAAGAGGUCGUCCACCAAAAGACAAGGCUCAGACUGUAGGAACAGGCUUUGUGGAAUCGCCGCUGAUGCAGAUCAAAUCUAGUGAGAACGAAAUCUCGGACCUUCUCCCAGCACCAGAGGUAGAGCAUUCCUCAUCAGCCAGUAAAUGUCGACGUAGUUCUGGUAGGAAAGAUGCAAGGAGAUCGCCACGUGGCACUUCAACCACACCUAAUAAUACAAAGACCCUUCCUGUAAGAGCAACUCGGGCAAGAACGUUGCCAACCUCAUACAACCAAUCAGAUGAAGAGGAUGCCUCAGAUGAAACCUCUUCUGGUGUGGCAUCACUAGAUGGAAAUGAGAGUUCUCGAGAGCCAUGGGAAAUGGAUGAAAGACAGUGUGAUCCCUCAUCAGUAAGUCCUCCAUUAGUACAGCCAGAGAUAGAGAAUAUUGCCAGCCAACAGAACCUCACUUACUCUAGUGUACCAGAAAGCAAAAAUCUAGAUACACGAAAUCAGACAGUUCAGUCAAAACCAAAUGCAAUUCAUGGAAACAGCAGUCAUCCAAUGUCUGUAAGACAAGACAAAGUUGAGUCUGUUUUGUCCAACAAACAACUAAAUUCAAAGGAUAGCAAACAUAUUGUACAGGCUAUCAUCCAGUCCACACUCUCUGAACCUGUCAGUAAAAGUUCCAAACCACAAUUGACUUCAUUGAAAACCAACACACCAGCUACUACAUCAAGUACUCCAAAAGAAGUCACUAAACCUUCAGUUUCAACACAGCUGCCAACUCAUAAAAAUGGCAUCUUCCAACAGAGUAAAACGACAUCACAGUCUCCGGUAGUCUCCUCCACAGUCACCACUCCAGCUAACAGUAGCCCACAAGUAUCUGAAUUGUCAUCUAUGGCACAAAGUGAAUCUCAAAAUGUAUAUAUUCCAAGACUGAUCGAUGGCCCCGUUAAAGAUGGAUCAAAGGUUAAGCCUAAACUAUGGACUCCUCACGAUGUGGCUCAGUUCCUAAAGACAAAUGAUUGUGGGGCGUACUGUGACAACUUUGUAUUGCAGAACAUCCAUGGGUCCAAAUUGCUAACAUUAUCCCAAAAUGAAGUGAUGGGCUUGACAGGAAUGAAGGUAGGACCAUCCCUGAAGAUCCAUGACCUGGUUCAACAGCUGCUGGCUCUCGUCAACCCUGCACAGGCUCGCUACCAGGCAACUCUCAUGAAAAGAGGUCUCUCUUUCACAUGAAAUUGUCAUUUAGCAAGAAAUUACAUGUUUUGGAGUUCCUUCUCGUGACGCAUCAGUACAAGUUUAAUGCAGAGGAAAGAUUUCAAUAUUUAAUUUUGUCUUUUACAUAUUGCAUAUCUCAUUGUCUGCAGUUUCACUCAAUAUUUGGUGGUGUUUAUAUGACUGGUAUUUUUUAAGCACAUUCUCAGAACCUUUUGUGAGUAUGUUUGUCUUAAUAAUUGUCAGUAUCUUUUAAGGCAGGAAAAUAUUGAGGUUUGUGUUUAUAUUUAACAGUCUUUCUACAUUUAUAGUCAGAUACAACCGAGAGGUGUGAACUUUGUUGCAAUUAUCUGUUAAAUAAUGAAUUGUAUAGAUCAGUAUCUUCAACCAGUGAAAGAAUAAUAAAAGUCAUUGACUUGUAUGGUCUC